UAUGCUCCCUUGAGUUUGUAAAUAUAAACAAAAAAUCCAGCCGGAUUACCGGAUUCUCGCCGGGUUGGAAGUUUUCAAAUUUAAUAUUUCCAAUAAUUUUGAAACUUCAAACUUGACUGAAAAGCGUAUUUAUCUUACAACGUAUUUCCUACAAAGGUACAGUUCAUUGGGUAGGAAAUACUUCAUCAUUUGCUAAAGUUUAUCUGUGUCACCAUGUCCAACACAUUCUGCCUUCUUUGUUUACGACGCGUUUUCGACAAGGACGAUACUGCAGCAAAAUCCCAGCAGAAAAUCAGAAUAGAAAAACUUUGCAAAUUGCUCAAUCCUAACUACAAAUCUUCUCGGUAUCAUUUUGAAGACGACGAGAUGUGCGAUUUUUGUGACGAUUGUCAUCCUCUCUUCAGUGCAAUGGAAAAAUUUAAGAGACAAAUUUCACUCCUAGAGGAAAAAAUUGGGGCCACAGUAAUGCAAAUUCUUACCAAACUUUCUGACACUUCCUCCCAGCCACAAAAUGAUGAUGACGACAAUUAUGGAACCAAGAAAGUUAUACAAAUUCGUAACAUGAAUCUCCGUGUGACAGUAGAUUCACCCUUCCCCUGCCCCCACUGCGGAAAAGCCUUCAAGAAUAAUCCUAAUUUGAGGGAACACGUGCAGCGUAUUCACACUCCAGGCUAUGUCGCCCCUUCUGCUCACAAGUGCCCUCAUUGUAGUAAAGGAUUUGGAUAUCCUUCCCUUCUGGAGGGUCACAUUCGCCAAGCACACAGCGGAGAGCGGCCCUUCACUUGCGAGCAGUGCGGAAAGGGGUUCGCCACCAAGUGGGCGCUUAUUACGCAUUUGAAAGGGGCUCAUGGCGUCGUUAUGAAGAAGAAAGACAGGCUGCCCCCAUCGACAAAGGAUGCGUUUUAUGAAGAAGAGGAAGCAAAUGCUACCAUUGAAUGGUCUUAAAAUUUAAAGUAAGAAUUUGACAAAUGAUCAACUUGUGGGCCUGAUAAUAAUUAUAAUAGUUAAGAAAAUUACAAUAAAAUCUCCAUAAUUUAUGACUGAAAACAAUUGACGGAGCUGAGAAUAAAUAAAAGCUAAACUUUUGUUUUUUGUAAAAAUA